CGGCGCGCGCGGCGUCGGGCGGAUCGCGCGCGCGGCCGCCGCGGCCAGCGCGAGCGCGACGCGGCGGUUUCGUCGCAUGGCUUUUGGUUUUCUUUUGUUUGCGCUCUACCGCGGCACUCGGCGCGCGCGUGGGCCAGCAGGUGUCCAGGCAGAGCACUGAGAGUUGGCUGGUGAGCGCGGUGCGGCACGGUUUGGCUUGCCGGUGGGCUUGGGUGAUGAAUGAAGAACUCACGAGCUUGCGGGUGCGUCUCUAACCGCUGCCGAUUGGGUUUUAAUCCGCCUGUGUUUUGCAGGAUGCGGGGCCUCCUCUCCGCGCCUCCGCCGCCCGCGUCCCAACCAACUCCUCAGCUCGCGCUACGAUGUUUCCGAACCCCGGGGCUGCUGUUUCUUUUCGAGCGGCUUCACUCGCAUACGAGCUUGUAUCAGAGAAGCCCACCCAAGACAAACCGCGACGGGAGCGGAGCCGUUUCGGGCUCUCUGGUGGACGGGCGGCGGAUUUGCAACUUUGACGUAAGUCGGGCGCAUGCCACGUUGCACGAAACCGUACGGGGUCAAAAUCAGGAUAUCUGCGACAAGCCGCAAAAUUGGCCCAAACACGCCAUCUACGCAUCUCCUUGCAAGCAGAGCUCGUUAAGCUUCAAAGCUCAGCCCAGCAACGUCCCACAGCGCGCGUCGUGCUCGCACGCGCCCCAGCGGCCCCAAACAAGGCUCUCGACGGCAACCAGUCCGGCUUGGAUGGCGCGCCUGCUCCUGCUCCUCGCGGCGACGAGCCACGGCCUCCGCGGCCCCGCUCAGGUCAAGCCCGCGAUCAAGCCCGCCGCGGCGCCCUGGGCGGGCCUCGCGCGCGCGGCGGCCGCGGCCGCGGCCGCGGCCGCGCUCUGCGCGGCCGGGCCGGCCCUCGCGGAUAAUGAAUUAGCGGCGAAGUACGGCGGCGGCCUCGACGCGUCGCUCAUCGACACGUCGUGCUUCAAGCCCGACGGCGCGUGCGGCGCCGCCGCGCAGUCGUGUUUGCGCACCGACGACUGCCGGCGGGGCAUGACCUGCACGGCGAAGUGUCUGGGGGACAACGCCUGCAUCACGGGCUGCUUCGCGAAGUACGGGAACGCGCCCAUGGACGACUUGCUCGAGUGCUCGAUCGAAAGGCACGAGUGCAUCAAAGUGGCCAUACUCCCGCCGGGGCCGGACAAGGCCGCCGACGCGCCGAUGCCCCCCUUGACUCCCGUAUCGAACUUCGACACGAAGUCCCUGGAAGGGAGCUGGUACAAGGUCAUGGGCUACAACAACCGGUACGACUGCUUCGACUGCCAAAAGAACUCCUUCAAGCAAGCGGGCAAGGACAAGCUGGACGUCGACGUCGAGUUCCAGAUGCCCCGGCCCGGCCGUAAUGGCGAGGCGUCGGCCUACCCUUUACGUUUGUCUGAGAAGCUUGUGUUCGACUCCAAGCAAGCUCCUGAUAGUGUCCUAUCGCAGAAGAGAAGGCACGCGAGAACGGAAGGCCACAUGUUCGGCCUGACCUUCUGGGAGAACUGGUCUGUUAUUGGAGAGAAUAGUAAAGACGAGCCGGAAUUCAAGUUCGUGCACUACAGCGGCAAGACGUCCCAAAAUACGUACGAGGGCGCGUUCGUCUACGCGCGCGAGCCGUCGCUGCCGGCUGGGGCCAAGCAACAUGUCUAUGCACUCGCAAAACAGGCGGGCUGGUCUCCCAGUGAAUUCUGCGCCGUGCGCAACGGCGCGGACGUCUGCGACGCGCCGCCCGCCGUCGACGCGACCUUGACGGCGCAGCAGCGCGGCCUGUUCGUGGGCGGCGCGGCGGCCGCCGAGGUCGACGAGGCGGGCUUCUCGAGCGACCGACAAAAGGGGUCCUUGUUACCGAAGUGGCUGGGCACGGCGGUCGACGAGGUCGCCUCGUACGCGGAGGACCCGCACGUGACGGAGCGCUGGGUCUUCUCGCAGCAGAAGAAGAUGGGCGACUGA